AUGCAUGCAGUAAGGUCGGGCAGCGCAUAUUCCUUUUCCCGGUGGCAAGAGCUUCCUUCUAGAGCAAAGAAGCUAGAGUCGCAGCGGUUUACCGUGUUAGAAUCUUCCCACGGCUUUAGGAUUGGCAGCGGCAGUAGCGAGGCGGAGGGUCGCUACAGCGGCGGCGUCAGCACAACCGCCGGCAGCAUCAAAGCCGCAGCGAGGCCUGAUGGAUGCCAGGGUCAACGGCCAGUGCGGCGUCCCGCGACGAUUCUGUGCGAGCCACCUUCCGUCGUCAUCACCGCCAGCAGAAUCAGCAACAGCAGCAGCAACCACAACAAGACCAGCAUCAUCAUCACCACUGUCAUCAGUAUCAGCAACUCAAAAAGAACGGCAGCAGCCACAGCUGCGGGAUGGAGGCUGGAGCUGCUGGCUGCUGCGGUCCGCGGACUAGGCCAGGAUGUCGAGAGCCGGUGGCGAUGGCGCUGGCGCUGGCAGGGGCCGAAGCAGGGGGGGCGUUGCCAGGAGGGGCCGCCAGGCGGUGGAGUGGCGGCAGGGUCAGUGGGCGCCGAGGAGCAGCUGGUUCCCCUGAGCGCGGAUCUGCUGCGGCCCCUGCUCAGGCCACAGCCCUGCCUCGCCGUCCUUCUGGAGGCCCAACGGCUGUGGCGGGACCAGAUGGGGCUGGAGCUACAGCCGCUCAAGGGGCUGCUGGUUGCGCUGGCACUACCGCCGCCGUCACCGCCGUCAUUGCCCCCAGCAACAGGAGUUCCAGCAGCAGCAGCAGCAGCGGCAGUGGCAGCGGCGGAAGAGGUACGGAUGGAGUUACUGGGUGCUGCAGCUCGCUUGGACCUCCACACUGCCUGCUUACCGCACCUCCGCGCCAUCAGCCGGCUCCGGAACCGCCUACACCACCUAGAAGAGCAGCCACUGGAACCAGAAGCGGAUCCGGAUUUGGAUCCGGAUUCGGAUCCGGAGCUGCCUCAGGAGAACCAGCGCCUGGCGGACGUGCCCCAGCAGGAGGAGGGGUUCUCGAAUCCAAGGGCGGACGUGCGGACUCGACUUAAUCGCGGACUGGACUUCAGAUUGAAGCCACAGCCGCCGUCAUUGCAGCAACAGGAGCAGCAGCAGGAGCAGCAGCGGCAGAAUCGUGGGCUCGGAGGGCACCAUAAGCGACAACGGCGGAGUCGGGGGGUUGAGGAAGGCGACUUGAUCGGGGAGGAGGAGGGGGAGGGGGAGGGGGAUGGCUGUGUGGCGGAGGGGAGGAAGCGGUGUACGACGGUACGUCAGCCGCCGAAGCGGCAGCGGCGGGGCGUGUCCAGUGUCAAGGCGGCUGUCUUGGUGAGUCUCGCUGUGGGAUCUAUCCACAUGAUAGUGGAUAGAUGGCCCAGAUAG